UCCAAAGGAAGCGCAGAGAGGUGUGAAAGACUGCGACUCUGCUUCUGCUUCCUGGUCUGAACUCUGGGUCAUGGAUUAGGUCCACUAAUGAACUGGGUCAGAUUUCUAGAGAUGAGAUCCGCUCCAUCCAAAGUAGGAUGAAUGCCGUCUCUCCUCAUCAGACCAGGUUUUCCCCAGAAAGUAUGCCAAUUGUCUACGAAGCCCACAUUGUUUGCAGAGUACACACAGAGUACUGCAAGUACACACAGAGUACUGCAAGUACACACACAGUACUGCAUGGACACACAGAGUACUGCAUGGACACACACAGAGUACUGCAAGUACACACACAGUACUGCAUGGACACACACAGUACUGCAAGUACACACUCUCUCCUGUGGUUCUGUUUAUGGAAGAUAAUCAAGCUCUACGUUUUUGAACUACAGUACCCAUGAUGCUUUGAGGGAGAUAAACAGGAAGUAUAAUGUUGAUCAGUGAGUUAUGCUUUGUAGUCUUUCACUGGAUUACUUUGACACUGGAGUGACAUCACUCUCUCUCUCCUGUGGUCAGGGUUAUGGUCUGUUUGGUCACUGCGUCGUCCUUCUCGUCACCUACAACAUCCACUUCCACUUCCUGUUCUACGUCCUCUGGCUGCUGUGUGGAGGACUGUCUACUCUGCGCAUGGUAGCAGCUCUGCUGUCCCGUACGGUGGGUCAGACUCCUCGUCUCCUCCUCUGUGGGACGCUGUCCGUCCUCCACAUGCUCUUCCUGCUCUACCUUCACUUCGCCUACCACAAGAUCGUAGAAGGGCUGCUGGACUCUCUUGAAGGACCCAACAUGGCUCCCAUGCAGCGGGUGGCCAGAGACGUUCCUGAGCUGACCCUGAACGCCACCGUUAGGAGCCUGAGGCCCCUCCCCUGUCUUACUGAGGCCCCUCCCCCUGUCUUACUGAGGCCCCUCCCCCGUCUUACUGAGGCCCCUCCCCCUGGUCUACUGAGGCCCCUCCCCUGGUUUACUGAGGCCCUUGCCUACUGA